ACAAGCACCCCUCUAUUGUUGUUGUCGCUCUUUUGCUCGAUAUAAUUUUUGCUUUGCUCUGCUCUGCUUUGCUUUUUAGCUCUCAAUUUUGCUUUCAUUUCCAAUUCCGAUUUCAGCUUAGCCAUGGAUUCCUGCAGCAAAUCCCUUCUUGAUUCUGUUUCUCCUUUUAACUGCCUUAUCUUUGAUUUGGAUGACACUUUGUACUCUACCAAAGUUGGAAUUUCCGAAUCACUCAGGAAAAACAUCGAUGAUUUUCUUGUUGAGAAGUGUGGAUUCCCAGAAAGCAGGGCCUCAACUCUCCGUGUUGAGCUUUUCAAAAAAUACGGCAGCUCCCUUGCUGGUUUGAGGGCAUUAGGCUAUGACAUCGAUGCCGAUGAUUAUCACAGUUUCGUACACGGAAGAUUACCAUACGAUUUGAUCAAGCCAGAUUCUCAGCUACGCAACCUCUUGCGUAGCAUUACUCAAAGAAAAAUCAUUUUCACGAAUUCGGACAGGACCCACGCGGUUAAAGUGUUGGAUCGGCUUGGUUUAAAGGAUUGCUUUGAGCAAAUCCUAUGUUUCGAGACCAUGAACCCGAACCUGCCUAAUUCGACCCGACCCAAUGAGUUCCCCGUGCUUCUCAAGCCGUCGAUGGACGCCAUGAAAAUCGCGCUUGAUGUUGCGGACGUUGAUCCUCGUCGAACGUUGUUUCUCGAUGACAACGUGAAGAACGUCGCUGCUGGGAAAGCUUUGGGUCUCCGAACUGUUCUGGUAGUUUCUUAUCUUUGUUGAUUAGUGUUCGUUUAACAUUAACUUAAAAAGUCAAUUUUUUUAUUACUAUUUAUAAAUCUUAUUACAUUUUUUUUAUAUUAUUUAUAAAUUCUACUAUAUUAUUUUAAUUAUUUUAUAGUUUUAUUUACAAUAAUUUCAAAACCAAGUUAAAUAAGUACUUCCAAACUGACAGCAGGUUGUUAGCAUGCGCUGACACACUCUAGCGUGUCUCACAUAUUGUCUUCUUUGUAAAGUCCAAGAAAAUUGUUAAGUUGAAUGACACACACAUUACCUAUUUUGAUUAAGAAUUUUCAGACAGUACUUAUCAACAAUAAUGCGUAUAAUCAAAGUGAUUUCAUGAGCUAAUACUGAUGUGACUCCAAUCAAAUUUAUUAAACUUGAUUGAAACUUGAUUGCGUAGGUUUGAUAGAGUUCAAUGUUAUCUUAUGAUAAAAUUUCAGGUGUUUAGUAGAUGUGUUUGAAAAUAUAUAUGAAAAUAUGUAUGAAUAAAAAAGUGUAUGAAAAUACGUGUAAUAUUGUUUAAAAAUUAUUGUAACAGUAUAUUUAUGGAGUUGAUAUUCCAACAUGGAGAAUUAUACCUACAUGAUGAAUUAUAAAAGAAAAUUGAGUUUAAUAAAAAUAGAAGUAUAAAUAAUUCGUUUAUAGCAAAAUGUUAUAAAAUUUUGUUGUGUUUAUACUUUAUAGACUUUCUCUUUACAAUUUUCUUCAUAAUCACUUUUAUAACACAAACCGUUUUAAAGAAAAUUUUCAAGUUAAAUGGAUUACAAAGAACUUAUCAAAUUUGAUUGGAUCUGAUCAAGUCAUAUGCUUAACCAAUCUCACUAAAGACUUGAACAUCUCUUAGUAUCAUGUCAUUGAUUCACCAUACCAAUUAGUCAGAUUAGUUCUAAUUGGAAGUUAUCACCUAAAUAAGUUGUUAAAAAUUAUGUGAAUGAAAAGUUGUUUCCCAUUAUUGCUUUGCCAAACGACAAAAAUAAUUGUUGGCAUAUCAAGAAAAAGCAAAGUUUUACACCUAAAUAUAGGGGUUUUUUUUAAAAGAAUUUUAUUUUGGGAAGAACUAUAUAGGGUAGUUUUAAUGGUGGUGACUAGGAAGUCUACUCCUUGAAAAUUUACAAAUAAUAUAAAGAUUUCGUGAAUCUAUGUGUAUCCCACAACGUGAACACAAUGAUGACACGUCAUAACCCAUAUAAUCUAUUACAAUAAUCUUUGUAUACUAUAGAAAAAGCAAUUCUCAUUAUUGUACUUUUUUUUUUAUUUGGUUUAGGUUGGGAAGACAGUGAAAAGCAAAGAAGCCGAUUAUGCAUUGGAGAAUGUCAACAACCUGGCUCAAGUAAUUCCGGAAAUAUG